AUGUCUACGCCAGCAUCAGAUCCCCCUCCCCCAAACCCACCUCCCCAGGACGAGAAGCCUACGGAGAGCUCCACCGACGCCGAGACUGCAGCCGCCACCGGCGAGGACGUCAAGAUGGAGGAGAGCCCGAAGCCUGUCGAGGAGACCUGGGAUGACAUCCCCGAGCACGUCCUCAAGGGAGACGUGCAGGAGAUCCGCAUGCAGACGCGCCUGAUCGAUAACGAGGUCAAGAUGAUGCGCCAGGAGAACCUACGCCUCGGCCACGAGCGCGACCAGAUGCUCGAGAAGAUCCAGGACAACACGACCAAGAUCAAGCAGAACAAGGUCCUCCCUUACUUGGUGUCCAAGGUCGUGGAGAUCCUCGACGUCGACGCCGAGACGCAGGAUGGCGCCGCGCACAACGAGCACAACGCCAAGAAGUCCAAGUGUGCGGUUAUCAAGACGUCGACGCGACAGACCGUCUUCCUCCCCAUCAUCGGCCUUGUGCCCCACAACGAGCUGCAGCCCGGAGACUUGAUCGGUGUCAACAAGGACUCGUACCUAAUCCUCGACAAGUUGCCAGACGAGUAUGACGCGCGAGUCAAGGCGAUGGAAGUCGACGAGCGGCCGACAGAGAGCUACAGCGACAUCGGUGGGCUGGACAAGCAGAUUGAGGAGCUGGUGGAGGCUAUUGUGCUGCCGAUGCAGCAGGCGGACAAGUUCAAGACGCUCGGUAUCACCCCACCCAAGGGAUGCCUGAUGUACGGACCACCUGGUACCGGCAAGACGCUCCUGGCGCGUGCGUGCGCGGCGCAGACGAAUGCAUGCUACCUCAAGCUCGCUGGCCCCUCGCUCGUGCAGAUGUACAUCGGUGACGGUGCCAAACUUGUGCGCGACGCCUUCGAGCUCGCCAAGCAGAAGGCGCCUGCCAUCAUCUUCAUCGACGAGCUGGACGCGGUUGGCACUAAGCGCUUCGACAACAACAAGGCCGGUGACCGUGAGGUGCAGCGCACCAUGCUGGAGCUGUUGAACCAGCUGGACGGCUUCUCCAGCGACUCGCGCAUCAAGGUCAUCGCCGCCACUAACCGUAUCGACAUUCUCGACCCUGCACUGCUCCGUUCUGGGCGUCUCGACCGCAAGAUCGAGUUUCCCUUGCCAAACGAGACGGCUCGCGAGCAGAUCCUCCAGAUCCACGCGCGUAAGCUCAACCACUCGGGUGUCAACUUCGAGGAGCUCGCCCGCUCGACAGAGGACAUGAAUGGCGCCCAGCUCAAGGCCGUGUGUGUGGAGGCUGGCAUGCUCGCAUUGAGGCAAAACGCAACUCAGCUGUCGCACGAGCACUUUAUCGGCGGCAUCCUCGAGGUGCAGGCCCGCAAGGCCAAGGAGCACCACUACUUUGCUUAA